GACGCCUGUGGCCCCGGGCUGUCCGGAGGCGAUGGCGGAGGCCUCCUCGUCUUGCUCCGCGGCGGUGGGUGACAGCGGAGGCGCUUCCUCCUCGCCGUCCCCCGGGACCCCGGAGGGCGCGGAGCGCGCCUGGAGCGAGGCCCAGUUCCGGCCCUACAGCUUCGAGACGCGGCCCAUCCCCCGGCUGCGCCAUGGAGACCCGCGCGCCGAGGAGCUCAUCGAGAACGAGGAGCCAGUGGUGCUUACCGAUACCAAUCUGGUGUAUCCUGCCCUGAAAUGGGAUCUGGACUACCUCCAGGAGAACAUUGGCGGUGGAGACUUCUCCGUAUACAGAGCCAGUACUCACAAGUUCUUGUAUUAUGACGAGAAAAAGAUGGCCAAUUUUAAGAAUUUCAAGCCCAGGUCCAGCAGGGAAGAGAUGAAAUUCAGCGAGUUUGUUGAGCAACUCCAGGAAAUCCAACUGCGAGGGAGUGGAGAACGGCUGUAUCUGCAGCAGACCCUCAAUGACACAGUCGGAAGGAAAAUUGUGGUGGAUUUCCUGGGAUUCAAUUGGAAUUGGAUUAACAGGCAGCAGGCAAAGCGAGGCUGGGGUCAGCUGACCUCCAACUUGCUUCUGAUUGGCAUGGAAGGGAAUGUGACUCCAGCUCACUACGAUGAACAGCAGAACUUCUUUGCUCAGAUCAAGGGUUACAAGCGGUGCAUUCUCUUUCCACCUGACCAGUUUGAGUGCCUGUAUCCUUAUCCCGUGCAUCACCCAUGUGACAGGCAGAGCCAGGUUGACUUCGAUCACCCCGACUAUGAGAAGUUCCCUAAUUUCCAGAACGUAGUGGGCUGCGAGACGGUGGUGGGCCCAGGCGAUGUGCUGUACAUCCCCAUGUACUGGUGGCAUCACAUAGAAUCUUUGCUGAAUGGGGGAACAACCAUCACUGUGAAUUUUUGGUACAAGGGUGCUCCAACCCCCAAAAGGAUUGAGUAUCCCCUCAAGGCUCACCAGAAAGUGGCGAUAAUGAGGAACAUCGAGAAAAUGUUGGGCGAGGCCCUUGGAAGCCCGCAAGAGGUGGGUCCGUUGCUGAACAUGAUGAUUAAGGGACGAUAUGACUAGUCCUCGGCCACUUCCUUGGUGGAUGUUGGAGCUGCUUCACAGACAUGUUGUGGAAAAUCUGAGCGCUAGUAUUGCACGCAGCACUUAAAAGACUACUAGUCUCCUGGCCCGGCUCUGCCCCACGCUGCACCAAUAUAGGGAACGACCAGCCCUGUAAAACCAUGCCUCUGAACCUCAGCUUCAACAUACCUCCCAGAAGAAAUCCGGAGCAAGAACCCAGCUGUCCGUAACUCUCUAAUUUCCCUGCCUGCCCGAUACCAGCUUGGCUCCUGGUACCCGACUGAAAUCGAAAGCAGUAUGAAGUACGCUGGGAAGGGAGGGUCUAGGCUGCUCUGCUCAGCCUCCAAGAGCAUCUAGGAAGCGUUUCCUUGGGACAGACACGCCACUUCCCCAUCUGGAACUGAAAAUCUGUCAAAGGGGGAGGCAGCUUUUGGCCGUGUUGUACUCUGGUGUCGAUUGUUUUCUUGUCUCGGGGCAGUGGAAACGAGAGCAUGACAGCACCUGUGUGAAUGGACUGACCGGACAUGGCAUUUGGCUCUUCCUUCCACACCCUGGCGUUAGAAAUCCACCUGACAAAAAACGCCACCUCCGAAUGCGUCCCUCCAGUUUUGCCUUUUCUGUUUUUGACAGAGGUGACCUUCUCAUGGGUGACACAGCCGCCUCCUUUCAAGCAAGCAGAGGGACGGCAAGAGACGCCAGGGCCUUCCGAGUGCUCCUGUCGAGUUAACCUCAGAAACAAUUGCGGGGCCUCGGUCCUCGCUCUCAGAAGGCCAGGCCAAGAUACGUGUGUGUUUGUGUGCGCGUGUGCGCGCAGCUUUCCCUUUUCUGUACCGACGAUGUCUUUCCUUUGGACACGCCACAGUGUGUUAUUACAACUCCGUGUUGCUGUGAUGUUACCUCCUCCCUUUAUUGUCACGACGGAAAUCAAUUUGGUUGAACCACCAGUUUUCUGCAUGCCCGAUGAAGCGAGGGAAAGGUUAGGGUGGAGAAAGGAGAGCAGCAAAGCUCUGGUUGACCUCCUUUGCAAAGACCUUUCCGUCAAAGGCUGCUAGUUUUUGUGGAGUCUUGCCUCUGCCCCCCACCCCAGCUGGGUAUUGAAUGGAAGUUUGGUUGUUUCUACAGGUUUCUUCUCCAGAGGAGGGUUUGGGUUUAUCUCCCAGUUGGCCAACUUGAAGUGCUUGUCUCUUUGCCUCCUGUGAAACGGAGAGUUUUGAGAAGCCAUCACUGGAGAACCUUUGUUCACCGCUGGCCAUGAUCUCUCUCCAGCUGGGGCAGACCAUUCUGUGUAUUGCGUCUGCAGUAGCUGAAGAAGUACUGAGGAAGCUGGAGUUUGGGCCAAGUGGUGUUUUGGAGUGGGGAAACCUCCCGAGCCAUGGAGUUUUGUUACAAGCCAAGUCUGCAGCUUGAGUUAGACCUACAGGCCACAGGGAAGCAUGGAAAAAAAUCUGCGUUCUUAUCCUUGGCAUGGAAAAUGGGUGGUUCCUGAAGAAUGAAGAUUGCCCAUGGUGCAUAGGGAGUACCAGGAGAAACCACCUGCUGUUGGCCGAUAGCAGAAGUGUGCCACCUGGGACUGGAGCUCUUGGUGGAAUAUUGGGUGUGUUGCAUGGAGGCCCUCACGGAAAGGGCCAGGUGCCUCGCUGGAAGGAAAAGACUUACAUGCAGCCUUCAGGUCCCUUUUUUUUCUUUUUUGCCAAAGGUGUAACUUGAACGUUUCUAAGCAGAUUUUUUUUUUAUUAUUGUGUCGUUGCACUUGACUGGCUGGUGUGAGAGCUCAGUUUCCAAUGCACUGACGGACUGAUUUAAUUACUGUCUCUUUUUUGUUUGUGUGUGUGUUUGGUUCCCCUGGUGAGUUCAGUGCCUCGCUGUGGCACUGAGGAAAACGGUGUGUGCAUGUGUGCGCGCGCGCGAAUGUGCAGGAAAGGCAUCGUACCUUUUAAAGUGUAGUUCUUGAAAUGCAGCCAACGUUGAACAACAGAA